CACCAAAGCCACUGACCCUGCAGCGGAUGCGCCACUUCAACUGGCUCAAGCCACUACUCUUCCAAGGAUUGCCAGCGGGUUACAAAUCUCAAGAUGCAAGUCAACCAUGGUUACUCUUUUGGAUAGUCCAGAGUUUCCAGCUUAUGG